CCUCCGUGUUGAUGAGCGGGGUGGGUGCAGCAGCGUGUGAUGUCCGUGCUGGAAGAUGGCGGACGAGGUCAGCGGCAGGCAGCCGGGCUCCGGCUCUGGCUCCGACCUGGAGGGGCCGACGCCCACUAAUCUGAGCCGGGGUCCGCGGCUCGUCAAGAUCAUCAAGUCGGAGACGGGCUACGGCUUCAACGUGCGGGGCCAGGUGAGCGAAGGCGGCCAGCUGAGGAGCAUCAACGGGGAGCUGUACGCGCCGCUCCAGCACGUCAGCGCCGUGUUACCUGGCGGAGCGGCCGAGAGGGCCGGGGUCCGCAAAGGGGAUCGCAUUCUCGAAGUAAACGGUGUUAACGUUGAGGGAGCAACUCAUAAGCAAGUUGUGGACCUGAUUCGGGCAGGAGAUCGGGAGCUGAUUCUGACGGUGCUGUCUGUUCCACAACAAGAAGCUGAUCGGCUUGAUCCUGGUGAUGACUCAUCUGGGAACAUCUACUAUGACUACAGUGAGAAGCGGGCAGUGCCAAUCUCUAUCCCUGGCUACAAACAUGUGGAAAGGAACGGGGAGAAAUUUGUGGUAUUCAAUAUUUACAUGGCUGGACGUCAGCUCUGCUCACGGCGCUUCCGUGAGUUCACAAUCCUUCACCAGAAUCUAAAGAGGGAAUUCUCUGACUUCCAUUUCCCAAAACUCCCACGGAAGUGGCCAUUUUCCCUCUCCGAACAGCAAUUGGAUGCCAGACGGAGAGGCCUGGAGGAGUACCUUGAGAAAGUGUGUUCAGUCAGUGUCCUUGGAGAGAGCGAUGUGAUGCAGGAGUUUCUGGCUGAUUCCAGUGAGAGUACAAAUGGACUGUCUGAUGUGGAUCUGAGGAUAGCCUUGCCUGACAGAAACAUCAUCACAGUCACUGUAAAAAAGAACAGCACUGCAGAAGAGGUCUACAGGGCUGUACAAGAGCACUUACGAAUGGAUAGUAUCACAGCAAGUUUCUUUACGCUCUUUGAAGUUGUGGAUCACUUUUUUGAACGGAAGCUAGUCCCCAAUGAGUUUCCACACAAACUGUACAUACAGAACUACACUUCAGCGGCAGCUGGGACAUGUUUGGUCAUUAGGAAGUGGCUCUUCACCAUGGCCCAAGAAGAACUUUUGAAUGACAAUGACCUUGCAGUAACCUACUUCUUCCACCAGGCCGUGGAGGACGUAAAGAAAGGGCGGAUUCGCGUCGGCGAUAAGUCAUACCAGCUUCAGAAACUGUCGGAGCAGCACAAAAAAGUCAUGUACCUGAACAUGAUUCGGACUUGUGAAGGCUACAAUCAGAUAGUUUUUCCACACUGUCGAUGUGACUCUCGAAGGAAGGGCCACGUAAUGGCAGCCAUUAGCAUUCAGCACUUUAAACUCCAUGCUUGCACAGAGGAUGGACAGCUGGAGAACCAGGUAAUCAUGUUUGAAUGGGAUGAGAUGCACCAGUGGGAUACAGAUGAGGAGGGGAUGGCAUUCUGCUUUGAGUACAUCCGUGGUGAAAAGAAACCUCGCUGGGUGAAAAUCUUCACUCCUUACUUUAACUACAUGCACGAAUGUUUUGAGCGUGUUCUGUGUGAGCUGAGAUGGAGGAAAGAGAUGGAAGACGUUGGCAAUGAUGAAGAUAAUCGGAAUAGCACCAACCACAUGGUAUGGACUUGGGGGCUGGAGGAGUGCGUACAAAUACUUAGAUGUCGCUGAAUAUUUUUCAUGCAGCAGCAGCAAGAAGUAGUGGAGGUUCGCUGUCCUGAGGGGAGACCUCAUUCUCUGUAGCAUCUCAGCACCUUAGCAUGAAAACUGAAGCAAUUGGACCUUUGACAUUGGGGCAGUGGGGAGGCUUGGAGCAGCUGAAACCUUUCCUCAAUGUAGCUGUGACAUCAGAACAGUCUUCAAGUAGUCCAUUCCUCAUUUCAUCACAUCCUUCACUGUUGUAAUGUUGCCACUCAUAGCUGCCUCUAAGUGAUCAAGGAGUAACUUUCUUAUUGGACAGUGCAGGACGCUGGGAUGUAACCUUCCUAACCAGAAGGAAUGACUGUAGCCUGUGGUUGAGUGCGUGAGGCUAGAGCUUGCCUGCCCUGAAUUGUUAGCUGGGACCAGGGGUGAGGGGUUGAACACUAUAUCUUGGCCAGGAUCUCCAUUCCCAACCUAAUGACUAGACUACCCACACAAACAUAAUUAAUUAUUGAGUAUUAAAGAGAUAGGAUCCCCUGCAUUUUGUUCAGGUGAACGUCAGACUCCAAACUAACUAGAUAUCGCUUGGAACGUAUUUUUGGCACUGGACCAGAGUGUCAUUUCAUUUCAACAUCUGAAAAUCAAGUUUUCCUGUCUGUAAGCUCCUUUUCUGCAAACCUGCCAAUGGGAUAGUAAAGAGCUUCUUGCUGUAUGAUUUCUGGCAUACAGCAUGUACAGUAUUGUGAUUCAGGGGCUUAUAAUAGGAGGGAAAGUGUAAGAACCUGGGUGGAAGGCUGCUGCUUUUUAAACUUACAAAAAAACCUUCCUUUUUGUGCUGUGUUAAAAAUUAGAAGGGAUAAUUGUAUUAGUAGCUAAUAUGCUGUGUUAAAGACAGUGCAAACACAUUUAUAUGGGGCUCUUGCGUUUUUGGGUUUUCUUAAAUGGUUGGGGGGGUGGGGGGGGUUAAGUAUUGCGCCAUCCAAUGAGUUGUUGCUACUGAUCUCUCCAAAAUCUCUCCAAAGCUGCAUAGGAAACAUCCACCUUUUAUACUUCUGUGUUAUGAUGGUGAAGCGAAUUGACAAGGAAUGGGAAAUGUUGAAACCUUCAGUGUUCAAUAGGAAGCCAGAUUUGUAAUUAAUCCUUUACAUUCAUAAUGUUUUUUUUUAUCCCAUUCUGUGGGGAUUGAUUCAGGCCAGUCACUUGAACUAUAAAUGGUAUAUAUACACUACUUGGAAAAGUAUUUCCAAUGUGCUUUGUGUUGUGAGCUGUUUCUGAAAUGAGCAGUUACACAACCUUGACAUACUGCUUAAUAACACAACUAUUCAAACUCUGUUAUAGGCUAGGGCUAGUCAUCAGUGUUGGACAUUGUGGGGCUUGUAUUACUCUCUGGCAGUGAUGUUGAUCUGUACAAAGUUCAUCUAGUACUUUGGGAAGUGGGGAAUUUACUUGAAAGCAAGGAAUCACUUGGUGUGAACACCUUUUGAGAUGAUUUAUCCUAAUUCCCUGGCUCCCUCUUUUUUGGUAUUGUGGCUUCCUCGAAAUUCACAGCUGGGUAUGGGAUGUGGAGAAACAAAAUAUGUGAUUGAAGGUACAAGAGGCUGAUUGUAUGACAUUCAAUGUUUUCAAUCAGCAAAUCUCCUUUACACGGGAGCAACCAUGCAACACUGACUGAGAUCAGUUUGAAAGUCAACAUCAAGCUUUCUGAUUGUGGAGCUCACAGUGAGUUCUGAGAACAGAAAUGUUGCACUGGGAUCUGUAAGUCUUUUCACAGAAAACUGGUAGGUUGUGUAUUUGUAUUAGGUUCAGUAUACCCAGGCAAAAGCAUAAGGACACACUACUACUUGUCAGAGGCUGACUGUGAAAGGAAGCAUUUGUUUUGUAUAAAGAAAAACUAGUCUUCGCAAAAUUACCAUGUAAUUUCUUGAAAGCAUCAGUGUUAAAGCUGCAAUGUAAUUAUUUAUAGAUCCAUAUUAAAGGUGGCGACUGGUUUGUGUAA